UCUGCAAACGGGGCAGGAACUAGAGGGGUAUCUGCUGAUCGGUGUUGGUUGCAAGGAGCAGUCGGGAGACCACGGAGAAGUGGCGAGGAGAGGAGAGGACUUCGACCAUGCGGAUGUAACCAUUGCACGGGGAAGUUUCCAGCGGCGAAACUUUCAGCCAGAACUUUAACCGAGGGAGACGGCGCACGGGAGAAGGGAGAUUGCAACAUGGACAAGGCUAUUAAGGAGGGGCAGUUGCAUAUCUUGCAGCCCAAGUUCGGCAAGAAGAAUUGUUGGAAGAAGAAUUGGUUUGUGCUGUACCCGGCCAGUCAGCAUGGGAUCUCCCGGCUGGAAUUCUUCGACAGCAAGGAGAACGUGUCCGAAAAGCAGACGACCAAAAAGAUGGACAAGAAGAUAAUCCGCCUGUCCAAUUGCAUUAGGAUCACGCACGUGGCCAGCGAGGUGUGUCCGAAGGAUUGCAUGUCAGCGUUCGCCAUCGAAACCGAGGACAAGCUCUACACCUUUGCUGCUGAGAAGUCGACCAGCGCGGAAUGGGUGGAAAAACUCUGCGAGACGGCUUUCCCGCCUCCUCCCACGGACAUCAGUCACGGAACAAAACCUUUGGAGAUGGCGGAGAACAGUAUCUACUAUUCCCGGUCGGAAGUGACCGAGUUCUGGGUGAGCGUGCAGAAGACAGAAGCGGCAGAGAGGUGCAACCUCCACGGCACGUACAUCCUGAAAGCGGACAAGGAGAGCUUGGUACUGAAGGACACCAAGACCAACGAAGUUCUGUACAACUGGCCGUACAAGCUGCUGCGUCGCUAUGGACGGGAUAUGGUCAUGUUUUCCUUCGAGGCCGGGCGGCGCUGUGAUUCCGGUCCGGGCAACUUCACCUUCGAGACCAAGCACGGCAACGACGUCUUCCUGAUUGUGGAGAGCAAAAUCCAGGAGCAGAAGGCCCAGGCGGAGGAGAACCAUCGGGGUCUUCACCUCUUGGAAACCGGGGACCGGAGCGGCUCGUCAGACUCGCUCACCACGGAGCCGUCUCCUCCGAGCUCGGUGGGGACGAGCGCCGGCUCCGGGGCCAAGGGAAGCCCCGGCGGCCGAGCCGGUGGCGGGAUGGGACCGCCGGCGAAAACGGAGCAAGCGGGAAAUAGGGGCGUGGAGGAGAAAGGCCUGACCAAGCACCUGAAGACCCGCAGCCUGCCUGACCCCCCGAAGCUGGGGCCGCCGACCCCACCGCGAUCCCCUGUGCCCAAGCACAUGGCCAACUCCGACCCCAGCUCCAUCUACUCUGACCCGCUGGACGCCAUUGGCAAGCGUAGCUUGGACUGCCCGUACUCCGAUCCGCUGGACAGCAUCCCCAAGGACCCCGCCGGGAUCCACCCUCCGCCCCGCGUGGGCUCCAAGGAGCGGAGGGGCGCGGAGCCUCUGUACGCGGACAUAUACGAGCGGGUGAACUACGACUUCUCCCGUGUGGCAGUCUCCGCCCCGAGGUCGGACGAGCACAUCUACGACGAGCCCGAGGGCCGGGCCUUCCAACAUCUACCCGAGGGCAGGUCCCCUCAACCCCUCCCUGCCACCGCCAACAUCUACGACCAGGCCAAGCAGCAAGGGGAACAGGAUUCCUGGAAAGAUAAGGCAUCCUGCGCUUCCUCCCCAAAACAUUAUGUGCUACCCCCCCCGAGGGGCGGCAAGAAGUUGAUUGGCAAACCUCAGAAGCCCAAGUCCAAACCAUUGCCUGCGCCCAAACCACCCAACAGGUUGUACGCGAAGGACCCGAAAGAGGUUGGAAAGGAACAGGCCAACCCCGGGACCGAGAGGUCAGUGGUCAAGAACAACUUUAACAGCUCAAAUAACUGUAUUUACAGCAAGGUUGUGAAGAACAAAAAAACAGAAAAAGAGUUGUCCGUUGAUGAAUUCACCAUUAACCAGGACUCUGUUUACGAAGAUCUGGGGAACCUCUGAUGGGCCCCAUCUCAAAUUAAUUUUGGGUCUUGGAAACAGAAUGUGCUUCUUUGCAGAGGAUAUUAGUCUAACCUGGCAUCAUGUUCCAGCAUGGACAUUGUGGGCCGAAGGGCCUGUUCCUGUUCUGUACUGUUCUGUGUUCUUUGUCCACCUCGUUUUCCAAAGAUCCCGGGCACUGCCUUAAACAAGGAUAAAGCAUUGGGCAGUCCUGUACGAACAGCCAACACAGGGAUAGCUAACGUUGUUCUUGUUUUUCUUCAAGAGUCAAGAGUGUAUUAUUGUCAUUUGUCCCAGACAGAAGAACGAAAUUCUUACUAGCAGCAGCACGGCAGAAUAUGUAAACAUAAUACUCUGCAACUUCUGUCCCUCUGUUCGGCAUGCCAGCAAAAAGCAGAUAGGUCUUAGACACACUGAUUAUAGUAAAUGUUGGAUUGGCGCGGACCCGGUGGGCCGAAGGGCCUGUUUCCGCGCUGUGUCUCUAAACUAAAAGGAGUAAGGUACCUUUUUAAAUGUGAAAGUCCAAUUUUUGAUUUUAAUGUGCUUUUGCUCAGCCUCUCUCAGAUCAGCAUUUACAUGCAUGACCAAGGCUGGGUUAAUGAACGACUGUUUUAAUUUCUGUCAGCCAUCCACUUGCCCACCUCUCAAUCCCAGUUCUGUGCAACGGUGUGGAAUCAGGUCGUGAGUGGGAGGAGCAGAAUUAGGCCAUUCGGCCCAUCGUCCACUCCGCCAUUCAAUCACGGCUGAUCCAUCUCUCCCUGCUAACCCCAUUCUCCUGCCUUCUCCCCGUAACCCCGUGACACUCUUUCCAGGAACGGCUUCCCGGAGAGCUCACGUUAGGUCAGAGGUUUGACGCUUGGCGGCGAGCUCAUAGUUGACUGGACUGCGACGAAGGCGAGGGGGGUGGGAGGCGGAGAAGAUGGAGGAGGGGACAGAUCUCCUUGGAAAGAUGCAUGAGAGAGAGAGAGAGAGAGAGAGGGUCCACUUUGUGGAAGUAGAUGUGCCAGAAGGAACUGCAGAUGCUAGUUUAACACCGAAGAUAGACACAAAAUGCUGGAGUUGACACGAAACGUCGCCCAUUCCUUUUAUCCAGAGAUGCUGCCUGUCCCACAGCUUUUUGUGCCUAUCAUCAUGGAAGAUGUUUCCUGACACCGCACAACCACAAUGGAAGGCUGUGCAAAUGGUGACAGUGACCUUGGCAGGAGACUUUUUAUCCACAAACUACUUAUGGUGUAAGAGAACAGGGUACUCUCCAAAUACCUGCUGGAAAGAUUAUUUUUAUGUAUUAAAAAUAACAGUUUAUAAAGAUUUAGAUUUUUUUUAUUAACUAAAUUCUUUCUUUGACUGUUGUGUAUUCUGAAGCUGUUAAUUAUUUGUAAAAAUCGUCCAUUUAUAAAGAUGUGUGAAUUUGUUCAGUU